CCAUUUUGGCUUAAAAUGACUGGACUGUAAUUAGGAAGUAAGUAUAGCUCUAUAUUGGUUUUGCAACCUGAAUAUACUCCAAAUACGUACAUGCAGUUUUAUGCAAUCUACAGUAGGUGGCACAAUAUCUUGGCUACAUCUCAGUACUAGUAGCAUUAAGCACAUUGUACAGGAAGCUCCGCCAAAGUUAUUUUCCUACAGUACAGGGCUAUCACUGCUCAAUCGAGGACAAAACGAUUUUUGAUUGCAGUUUUUGUUGUCAACAUGAUGGAAACAUGUGCCACGACAAAGAAACUGGAAAACACAGAUGUGUUUCUCCCAUUAUCAUCUUUGCGUCUACUGAUACCACCUCUACGGCUAGUCUCAGCAGCCAUGUGGCAAGUUGCACAGAGGAGAGACGUGAUGGACUAUGGGAAGCUCGACGAGUUUGUUACUCUAGUAACUGAAACCGUUCCAGACCUGCUGGACACAAAGCAAAGGGCCAAGCUUCUUCUGCGACUGCGGACAAGGAUGAUCCUAGAUUUAUGUGCUGCCGAACAAACCUCUGACAUUCAUUUCAUUCAACCCCACUUGGACAGAAUACGUCCCCCUGGACACACAGGAAGUGGAGAUGCAGAGGUGGAUGCAGAAGAGGCCAUUUUCCUGGAGCUGGUCCAGACCUUGCUUAAAGACCCAGCAGAGAGAGAGCACUUUUACCAGGAGGUAUUUCCAACAGAAUAUGGAGUUAGCUAUGACAAAGACAUGCAGCUUCUUGUGUGGGAGUUUUUGUCCCGACUGGAGAAGCUUCUGCCUGUACCAGACCUCGGGCAGACUGUAUCCUGGCUCAGUUCAGCCCCAUCUGUCUUGGAUGAGUGCAUUCAAGCCCUCUCUCAAUCAGAGGAUCUCAAAUCUCUUCUGCAGCACCAUAAAUGUUUGGAGGACUUGGGUACUCAAGGUCACACGGUAGAGAUGUCCUCUCAGGUAUUUGCCUGCUCUCAGUGUCCAUUCUUCCACAUGCAGGAGUCCCUCCUUCUUCAGCACAUUGAACGUAGUCACCCUGAGGAGUACAACAAACUCCAAAAGGCUGAAGACCAGCAAGAGCCAUCCAGGAAGAGGGUCCAGCGGCCAGAAUUUCCCAAGCCUUUUCCCAUCCAUGCCAGACCAGAUGCCCAUAUGUGUUAUGAGUGUGGCAAGACGUUCACCCGUGCUUCUGACGUGACCAGACACCAGCGCAUUCACACAGGGGAACGACCAUACACCUGCCAGGAAUGUAACAAGGGUUUCAAGAACUCUUGGGAUCUCAGGAGACACCAACGUAUUCACACAGGAGAACGGCCGUUUCUGUGCCCUCAGUGUGGCAAGGGCUUCACUCAGAUGGGGCUACUGAAGCUCCACUUUGAGAGAACGGCGUGCUGCGAGACUUGCGAUCCCCCGUUAGAGUCGACGGAGGAGGAGGUGACGACGGACAGUAAAGGGAGUGGCGGAGGCCAAUACAAGUGCCAGAAAUGCGGGGAGUGCUUCGGGACCAUACUGGAGAGACUGAGGCACAGGCAAACCCACGUAGUGAAGCGCCAGUACAAGUGCUCCCAGUGCGACAAGAUCUACGGUCGGCCGUCGGACCUGAGGAGACACCAGAUGAAACACACAGGAGAGAGGCCUUUCCCCUGCGAGUGCGGCAAGAGCUUCACGCACGUGUGGCUACUAAACAAGCACAAACAGAUCCACACCAAGGAGCGGCCAUACCCGUGCACCGAGUGUGACAAGAGCUUCACUCAACUUCAGAUACUGAACAGACACAUGCUGAUCCACAACGGCCAGCGGCCCUUCCAGUGCUCCUACUGCGAGAAGAGCUUUACACAGUUGGCGGGCUUGACCAGACAUGAGAGGAUACACACAGGAGAGAGACCAUAUCUAUGCACAGUCUGUCAGAAGACUUUUCUCACGCACGGAGAGCUGGUGAGACACCAGCGCAGUCACAGCGACCAUAGACCGUACCCCUGCCCUCAGUGUCCGAAAAGCUUCAAAACCAAGCGAGCCCAGAGCGAACACCUGAACACUCACACGGGAGAGAGACCCUUUUCUUGUAAAUACUGCAGCAAGAGGUUCGCCAAGUCCACUUCGCUGAUCAGACACAAUCUGAUGCACACUGGAGAAAGACCACACCAGUGUUCUCAGUGUGGGAAGACGUUCCUAACUUCUGGAGAGUUGCUUCUACACAGGCGUAUACACACGGGAGAGAGGCCAUAUCCUUGCUCCUACUGUGAAAGGCGCUUCAGGUGUUCUUCAGACCUGACCAUGCACUUGAGGACGCACACAGGGGAGCGGCCAUACUCUUGUUUGUUCUGCAAAAAGUGCUUCUCUACGUCAACUCGGCUCAAGAGGCAUGUGCGCACUCACAUUGGGAAGAAUAUAUAAGUGGUUGACCCCCAAUAGUGGAUUGCUACUGGAAACAUUUUCUUAAGUAUUUAUUUUAAUAAGUGUUUGGAUUGCCAUCAUUUAGAGAAUAUAAGCCAGCCUUACAUUCAGAUUGUUUCAUUUAAAAAUGAAAAUCAUGCCUCCGACUCACAUUAAACAUUUCAUUCUUACACGUAGUGCUGAUCUAUUUGCAUCUAGUUGUAUUGUUCUGUACUGGCGUUAUGUUAGUACGGGGUUUGUGAAAGCAGUUUUUGUAAGUACAACAACGCAUUAUCAAUUGAUUGUCUUAUUAAGUCUGAUUGUGGAAGUCGCGCAUAAUGUGACGUAUAUGGAACGGCAUGUGUCGCAUGCAAUGUUUUGUGAAACGAAAUAUUGAAUCUAAGCAACCAAGAUGCCAAAGAGAGUAAGAAAGGCUAGGCCAGUCCAGUCUGAGGCCAUUGCCAUUGGAAAUGCAAGCGUUAGAUCAAGGCCUGACCAGUCACCCGGAUGUGAAAUAACUGUAACGCCUUGCACCGCCAAGGCCCAGGUCCAGACAAAGGCCCAUGCUGGUCCCUCUGACUAUGGCAGGGGCAGUGCCUCAAUCCCAGAGCAACUUGCGAGUACAACAGGUUUCACCGACAGCCAUGACCGUAACUCGACGGUCAAGUAUGGGCAGCUGGUGCAGCAGGAACAGAUCACUCACCUGGUGAUGGAGGUUGUUAUGCGCUCAUGUUCUGCUCUAUCCAGGCAUGGCGGACUGCUGUCAAAUUUCACCAAAUAGACCUAGGCUACAUGGCAUCGUCAUAAGCCUACACAACGCAUCUAGAAAUAUGGGAAACAUUUUUGUGAAUAAACUAGAUAAUAUUUAGGCUGAAGUAUUUGACGUUAGGAACACAACUACUGUUAGGAAAAUAACUUUUAUCUGUCUCUUCAAUACAAUUAAAUGAAAUAAAUAAGUUAAUCAAUAUGUUCGUCUUUUCUGUCUUUUCAGGAGGCUAGCCUAAUUUAUUUCUAUUUCUUUCGUCUGGUUCAGUAGGCCUACUUUUUUUAUGAGA